UUAUAAUAUGCAGAUUGCAUAUUUUCGUCGCAGGUUAAUAACCGAUUAAGAAAUGGUUCAUUUGCGUUGCGUGAAAUGUUUGCUGAACAAAUGCUGAUGAUGAUGCGAACGAAUAGUUUCAGGACUCACUCUGAACAUUUCUGCAAGUUCUUGGCACGUUGUCCUGGAAUUUGCGUCCACAACCUGUCGAAGAUCCUCGUUGUUCAUGAUUUUUGGUCUCCCUGAGCGC